UUCCAAUGUAGGUAUCUUAUCCUAUUCCUUUACCUCAUGGCGCACGUUAGCAACACUGGGCCUCUCUUCGAUUUCUCAGCAUUCAGCAUCUAAACGAUCUGGUUUCCUCCUUUUCUUUCUCGCUUACGAAGCUGUGUCUCUGACUCUCAGAAGCAACGAGUUGUAGAACCGAUUGGAGAUGGCGAGUGCGGUGGACGCUACUGGAAAUCCGAUCCCGACAUCGGCGGUGUUGAUGGCGUCAUCAAGGCAUAUAGGGACAAGGUGCUACGAGGAGAAUGUUGCGUUUCUCAAGUGCAAGAAGAAGGAUCCGAACCCGGAGAAAUGCCUCGAUAAAGGCCAGCAAGUCACUCGCUGCGUCCUUGGCUUGCUUAAGGAUCUUCACCAGAGAUGUACAAAAGAGAUGGAUGCUUAUGUCGGUUGCAUGUAUUACCAUACAAAUGAAUUUGAUUUGUGCCGCAAAGAGCAACAGGCAUUUGAGAAAGCAUGCCCUUUGGAGUGAUUGGCAAGCUAAACUUGUGAUGCCAUUUUUACAAUAAUUUAGGGCAGUUUGCGGUUGAGCAAAUACUGUUGUUGCACACAUUUUGAUUGCUUCAUGGAUUGUCUCCGCUUUCUAAGGCUUAAAAUUUCCUUUGAGGAUUGCUUUGAAUCAAAAAGAUGGGACCUUGCCUCCGGUUUUUUUUUUUUUUUUUUUUUUUU